UCGGCACCUUUAUGCCCUGAAGUGAAAAUAAUUUCCCCUAAAUAUUAUUAUCAUUGAAAUUCCGAAACCCUUUUCUAUGGCUUGCGGAUCAUAGAUUACACUCCUUGUUUCUUUCUUCUUCUUCAUCUCCUAUUAUAUAGUAAAUACCUUACAAUACGUUCCCUAAUAAAUUUAUAUUUUCUACUCUUCCAGAGGAAUGUAAUAAUUAGAAAAUCUAUUCAAUGGCCCGAUCACAGGCGACAGACCAUUUUACUACCGUGCUUAAAGGUUUACAAACGGGCUAUUAUUCCUCUUUUCAGCAAGCUCUUCGUGUUCACACUUUUAGGUUGAAAAAACUCAUUUCAGGCUCUUUGGUUCGGAGCACAGGCGCUUUCAUGUUAAAUGGAUCGGGGAUUUCGAUUUCUAUGUCAGGCAGAAGCCAGGAGAUUACUUUUUCUAAUGGGAGCAACCGCUGCUCUAGUUAUAGCAACUCAAUACUUUGAAUUUCCAUCAAGCAGAGUUUUAUCCCUCUUUUCUAUUGACAAUAAUAUCAGCUUUUUGCCAAGAGCAUCAUCUUCAUCAAAGUCUGAAAUGCUAGGUAACAUGACCCUUUCUAAUGGUUUAAAUUCAACUAUUGCUAGUGCACCUCAUGAGACAACAGACAGUAGUGAGGCCUCAUUUGCCAAGAAACAAACUGCUGAAGGGAAUAAAUCCAAGGAAAUGGAAGACAGCGCCAAGAGUAAUUAUGUAUUAGAAAGCAAUGGAGGUUCAGUUAACACUUCUGGAGUUGUUUCAAAUGCAACUACAUCAAAAGAUCAUGUAGAACAAAACAAAACUUCCAUAUUAGCGACGGGUGAAAAUUCAGUCAAUGGCUCUGACGUGAAGAAGGCCAUGGCACCUGAGAUUUCCUUCACAAAUGUCACUGAAGACAUUGCUCCAGCAUCUGAAAAAAACAGAAGCUCAGAUACAGCUGGCACAUUUAAUAAAGAAGAAAAUUCCGGACCAUUGCCAAGUAAUUAUUCUGUGUCUGGCAGUGGUUCUUCCGCAUCUAAAGCUUCCACGUUGAAAAAGAAGUUCAAGAAAGCACCAUCCAGAGUAAUCUCAAUAUCUCAGAUGAAUGAAUUGUUGCGCCAGAAUCGUGCUUUAUUUUCUGUGGUAUGUAAGGACUUCGAAUCGAAGUUUUGGUUCCCUGGCGUAAGCUCUGUACUAGAUUUUGAUUAAUUUCCCCCUGCAUCCCCAAUGUGUUUUUAGAGACCACUGUGGCCUUUGGAGGUUGAUCAACAAAUGCUAUUUGCAAAAUCACAAA